AUAGGUGGAUAUAAGAAUCAACUCCAGUUCAUCCCAGUUGUAUGAUGGUUAAAUGUGCAAAAAGUCAAAACUUUUAAUCUAAACGUCUGUCAGAUUUUUAUCUCAAGACAUAAACAUAGAAAUGACAGCCUCAGUUUGUCAAUAAAACACGGCAUGUGGAAAGGUGAGAGAAUGUCGGAGCUCCUGACAGACUAGACGCAGGGCUGAGAAGCCCACGAGCAUCACAGCGUCGUUGUGACGUCAUCCAGGCGUCAGCGUCAGAUUCAGAAGUUGCCACGAAUGCAAAGCCGGAUGAUGUGGAGGCUGGUGAGCUGCGCUGUGUGCGUGUUUCUGGGCUGGCAGCUCGGUUCCGUCUGGGCCGGAGCAGCCGAACCGGAGGACCAGGUCCAGAUCCAGGUUCUGUUCAGGCCCGAAGAGUGCAGCAGGAAGAGCAAGAAGGGAGACCUGAUCAAUGCUCACUACGAUGGCUUCCUGGAAAAAGAUGGUUCCCAGUUCUACUGCAGCCGGUCGGACAAGCAGGGACACCCGCAGUGGUUCGUCCUGGGCGUUGGACAGGUCAUCAGAGGCCUGGACAUCGGCAUGAUGGACAUGUGCGCCGGGGAGAAGAGGAAGGUGACGGUUCCGUCCGCGCUGGCGUUCGGUCAGACAGGAAAAGGUCCGGUUCCUCCCAACGCCACGGUGGUGUUCGAGGUGGAGGUGCUGUCCGUGUCCAGAGGCCCCCGCAGCAUGGAGGCCUUUGGACAGAUGGACCUGGACCAGGACAAGAGCCUCACCAAGGCGGAGGUGAAGGAAUACCUGAAGCUGGAAUACGAAAAGGGUGGGAAGCCACGGGACGAACCUUUCUACGAGAAAAUCCUGACCGACAUCUUCUGGAAGAGCGACAAGGACAGAGAUGGGCAGAUCAGCGCCAAGGAGUAUAAUAUAUAUGAACGGGAUGAGCUUUAGCGGCUGUGAUUUCUUUAGAAGAGAAGAAACAGGAAGAAGUGAAACCGAAUCAGUUGGUUUGUUUUCAUGAGUUAAACCACUUCUGCUCCCAGAUUACAUCCACGCUUCUUCUUCUGGUGGUUUUAAAGUUAAUUUAGUGGCACACAUUCUAAGUAACUGUGAUUUUUAUUGGUUUGGAUCACUUCCAGAAUCGAUGUCUUUAGAUUGGGAAAGUAGGAACCAAUUUAAGCCUGCAGUAGUACCCGGACUAACCACGAGGCUGCACAGGUCACAUUACUGCCAGGCGGACGAGCCACAGGCUGAACUUUUUAUUUGAAACCACUCCUGAGGCUGGAUUUAUUAAAUAAAAACGUGGAACAAAUUAUACGCGUGUUUCGAUUUUGAUUAGAAUAAAAUUCGCAUUAAUUUCUGUGUCAUUUUUAUGAGUAAAAACAAAAAAUGUUUUUCUAUUUUAGCUCAGUUAAGAUAGAUCAGAUUAGUAGCUGGAUAUCGGAAUGGGGCAAACUUUACUUUAAAUUUAGAAUUUCACAGAAAAUUUAGCUUUGAUACUCAAUUUCGCUAGCUGAUCACCGGAAGUGCACUAGCAAAAUAAAAGCUGGAUCAUGCGGACUCCUGCUGGUUAGCUGGCUAACACUACCGCUGUAGAUCCAUCGGUAAAACUUUAAUAUCAAAACGACUCACUCCGUUUGCAGCUGAAAUGUUUACACGCUGAGAAAAAACAAACAAACAAAAGACGCAACAGUCGCGCCAGCAGGAGCUCAGAGCUUCCCAAGACCCAGCUUUUAUUUUGGUAGUCCACUUCCGGUUAUCGACUGAUGAAACUGAAUACUAGCUUGAAAUAUUUAGUUUUCUUAAAUUUGUUUACGAUUUAAUAAAACUAAAUAUUUUUAUUAUAGUUAUAACUAGCUAUAAUAUAACCAGUUAUUAUGCUAAAUUUUUAGUUUGAAGCUGUGACGUUUAUAAAAUGAUAGUGAAAAUAUCACUGAAAAAUUGAGCGCCUUUUUUCUUAUAAAUAACUGAAAUAAUUACUG